AUGACUUCCAUGUGUGGCAGCGGAAAGAGUCACGCCGUGAUGAAUGCCGGCGGUUAUUACAGGCCUAGCCCUUACACUUAUCAAAGUGACUAUUAUUUGGCGCCAAGGUCUACUUGGUCUAGAGUAUCGGUAGGACAAAGAAAUAGCACAUGGAAAUUUGGCAGUGCCAUGUUAAUUAUAUCCGCUAUGUUAGUAUUGGUCACAGUUUUGGCAAUUGCUGGAUUGGCCCUAUGGAUGGGUGCUUUCCGAACAGAUACUAAAAAUGCUAUCGUUGGAUUUUCAUGUAGCUUCAGAAUAGCAAGAGGCGAAAGGUACAAUCCUAUGUUAAAACUAAACACGAGUAUGGUCUUUCGAGAGAAAGAACGAAAAUUCAAAAAUAUUUUCGAACUUCUAUUUAGGAGAAGCGUACUCAAUUUAUCCUACAAGCAAACCGUGAUAGAUAAGUUUGAGAAUGGAACCUUGAAAGUUUUCUUCAGACUUUAUCUCGAUCGAAGGAAGAUACCACGUUCGAUCGUGAAUAUUGAAGACACCAUUCAAGACAUUAUUGUGAAGGAAACAUACUCAAUAUCAUCUUUGUUUAAAGAUAUGGAAUUAGAUCUCACCUCCAUAUCAGUGAAAAGAAUAAAUCAGGAAGGUAGCAUAAAUCAGAAACAAGGGCAGCAGAAACACGCUAUGAUCACUAAAAAUGGUCUGCUACGACCCAAUAGAAACAGCAGCUUGCUUAUGAGCUCAAAACCAAAAACGAAACCAAUCAGGACAGAUUCCAGCGAGCCCAACAUAGACUUUAACAAUAUCCCGACCAUUCAGGGUACUUACAGAGCAACGAAAGUUAAUAUCACCGCAGAAAGUUCAACUGAAGGAAUAUCUGAGUCGACAAUAGAUAAUAAAAGACUGGCCACUACUAAAAGAGCACCGUCGUACAAACACACCACGACGACAGAAAACGUAUUCAAUCUCGCAGAAUCUUCUCCAACGAACGAACCUUCGACACUUUUCACGAAAUCCACGGCAGCUACGCUCAGCGAGAAUAAACCGAACGAAAAAAAGGACAAUGACAUGAAAACUACUUCUUUGAGAACCACAACCGUUCGAAGCGACUUGGAUAUCUUCAAAGAUUUCCGCAAUCCAGAUUUCGACAAUGACUCGCCAUGGAAACCGAUCGUGCCGGCAUAUGUGAACACGGAAUUCAAGCUGCUACCUAAUGAUGAUGUCAAAGAGAAGACCAGUUAUACGGAAUCGACCACGCGAAGGGUCGUUUCGACAACGAGCGAUUCUCGCGAUAACGUAAGAAUGCCGGGCGCUGGGAUCAGCGUGACAUCGUCAACGGUGCCAGGGUUACCAUUAAGCUCUAACAACUUUCGCGAUGUCUCCGAGAUAAAUACCUUCGAUACAGAUAACACUAAUUUUCCACGCGAUAGGAUAGUUCCAGGACUAAUAGCUCCGAACAAUAACGAAAAACUGGACAUUGAAGUAGCCGGACAGUUACCUUCGGAAAUGUAUACUGUCAAGCUAAGAACCUCAUCACUUAAUGAAGAAGUAACCUCUAGUCCUGAGAUCUCGACUCGCGGAGUCUCUGAAACUAUUUCAGCGAAAGAUAGCACCUUUCAAGAGAAGCAUAAAGACUCAAAUGCCACCCGAAGGACAGAGAUGAAGUUUGACGAAAAUUCAGCAUCGACAGUAGAACCUGAUCAUACUUUCGGGAUACGCAAUGACGAGAAAAUUACGAACGACUCACCGACCAGCGGUAUAGGCGUGGCAGAACCUGUGCCAGACACUGAAGUCGAAUUAGAAGCGAAGAAUCGAUACAGAGAAAGUGGUAUUCUGGCGCUGGCCGCAGACGAAGACGCGCUGCUUAACAGGAAGAUUAAUAUUAAUCCGCAGCCGAUUUAUACCAGUUAUAAUACUCCUGAUCUGAACGGUGGAAGUCAGGGAGCCGGCCUGAUCGAGAACCUUUCGGCAACCACGAAACCUUUCAGACAUACGAUACCCGUCGACAAAAUCACGUCCGUCGUAAAUUAUAGCAUCAACGUUCCUCUUCAUCCCUUGGACGCUCUAUCUCUUUCGAAUGACACAACCGCCGAUGGAAAAUUGUCCCAGGAUAAGAUCCUCACAAAGAGAGUCGAAGUGGAAACUUCUGUUACGGAUAAUGCGAAUGUGACUCACCUGUCAAAUUACGGACGAAUUACGUCGACAGAACCGAACGUCGUACGCAUCAUGAAAAAUGACGACACAUUGUCGCAGCUUAGCGCUACGGAGAGUUACACGGAGGCAAAAUUGACCGCGAAAGAUUCGGACGGUAAGAGGGGUGUGUCGAGGAAUUCAACAUUCGUCGAGAUCGACAUUGUCAAACAUACGCCCGGUAAGUCGGAAGAAGAAAACUCGUAUGCGGACUCCGAGGCGCCAGCCGGCGACGACGAGAUGCAAAAGAAGAAGGUUUACAACGAGACUCUGAAGGCCUACGUGGUAGAAAAUCUCGUGACACUGGCACCUGUCAAGAGCAACACGGGGAUCGGCAGGCCAGUACGACCGAGGCCGAAGAUCGACAUCCCUGAUACGGUUCUUUUGGAGCAGCUAUUCGGAGUGCGCGAUUACACGCAAAACGACAGAGAUACGGCCGAUACCGAGUCCAUUUCUGAAUUUGCCUCUUCGCACAAGAGCCAGAACUCCACGAGCGAUAAGGAAUCUUCAAAUCGUAAGAGCACAAUAGUAGAACAGAUAGUCGAAGUCGUUACUUCCAUUAGCACUAGAGUGUCGUCCAGCAUUAACGAUCCAGUCAUCUUGAAAUUCAUCGUCACGAAUUCCACCGCCAAUACCGAGAAGACUUCGACGUCGGACGGUGAAGUAAAUAAAUCAUUCGAGUCGGUUGUCGACGCGACGGAGAAGAUAUCCUCCUGGACCCCGGAAAAACGGCCGUCUCUGUCGGCGGCGAAUUUAAGGACUAUGCAGACGUCGGACAGAAAAAUGUCGCUCGAGGAGAACAGAUUGCUGCUGGAGAAGCUCAAGCAGCUCGCCCAGGUCAAAACGGAUGACGAUCCCGUGCAAAUCGCGAGGAAUAAAUCAAACACGGGCGAGGUGUUACGACCUCAAAACUUCGCGCUGUCGCUGAAUAUCGAUGAGCUCAAAAAGAUUGCCGACGUCGUGACUGGAAACGAGACUCUAGAGAACGCGAGCCCGGGCCUCACGUUGAGUCGUGACGGAGUGGAAAUAUUUACGAAAGUACUCAACAAGGAAGAGGACGACCGAACGGACAAAACACACACGGUGUCAGCGAUAAGGAAAAUCAGUAAGACUAACGAUAGCUGCGCUGGUUUCCUAUGUGGGGAUGGAAAAUGUUUAGAUAAUAACGCGAUUUGUAACAUGCUGGUGGAAUGUCCUGAUGCGGAAGACGAAGCUAAUUGCACGUGCGCUGACUUCCUGAAGACACAGCUGUUGUAUGAGAAGAUUUGCGACGGUAUCACCGAUUGCUGGGAUUAUUCGGACGAGAGAAAUUGCGACUAUUGCGAAAAAGAUCAAUUUGUAUGCGGUAACAGCAAAUUCUGCGUUGACACGGAUAAGGUGUGCAACGGCUUUAGCGAUUGUCCCAGCGGUGAGGAUGAGAAGAAAUGCACCGCUUUGAUAAACGACGAGCCAGAGGAAGACUUUAGUGAAUCGCGAAUUGAUCUCGUCCCGACGAAAAACCUACCGGAAAAUCAUUCAGUCACCAAGGCAGUCAAAGAUGUUCAUUUAAAAGAUCAAGCGACCGAAUCUUCUAUCCUAGACACGACUCUAUAUAUUCCCCUUACUGAUCCAAUCGAAUCUGAGAGAUUAAUUAACAAGAACGGCUUAUUUCCGAAGUUGGUCGAUCGGGAAUCAGCUCAAAAUAGAAUUACCGUUUCUAGCAGAGAGGUGUCUUCGAAUAUUUUAAGAAACAGUUUAACUCCGGGGAAUAAUUUGCAUAUCGGAAAUAACAGAACUUUUCCAGUAGCAAACAUUUAUAACAAGGAGAUCGACAAUUAUAACGAUAAAGGAUACCUCAGCGUACGUAAAAAUGGCGUAUGGGGAAAACUUUGUUACGAUACGGACAGCCUCAUCCAAGAAAAAGAGCGGCACGCGCGCCGAAUUACGUGGUCCAUCCAGGAUCUUGCAAAGGCUGCGUGCAAGGCCAUUACGUAUCAAGAUUACGAAACGGUAGAGAAAGUGCUGGAUCAAAACCCGCCGCCGAACCAGUUUUACUAUGCCUUGUCAUACAACGAUAAAUCAGAUGUUCCGGAAAGGACAGCCUUGUCUCUCAGACCGUCCCAGUGUCCGAGCGGCGAGGUUCUUAAAGUGAGAUGCAAGAAUUUCGAGUGCGGAAUAAGAACUCAAGUGGCAUCGACCGCGAGGAUUGUUGGUGGUGCUAGUAGCUCCAUGGGCAAUUGGCCGUGGCAAAUCGCCCUGUAUAAAGAUGGAAAGUUCCAAUGCGGAGGUGCCUUAAUUAAUGAAAGAUGGGUUGUAUCAGCUGGACACUGCUUCUAUCACGCGCAAGACAACUACUGGGUCGCAAGAAUUGGUGCGACUCGUAGAGGAAGUUUCCGAAGUCCACACGAGCAGCUGUUGCGAGUGGAUUACAUAUCGCUGCAUCCGGACUACGUCGAUAACGGUUUCAUCAAUGAUAUAGCUGUAAUAAGACUCGAACGGUCGGUCAGUUUCAGCGAUUAUAUCCGACCCGUUUGCCUCCCGAAAGCGCCGGUCUCUAGCGGGACUGUCUGCGUUGUCACUGGAUGGGGGCAGUUAUACGAAAUCGGCAGGGUGUUUCCUGAUACACUGCAAGAAGUACAAAUCCCAGUGAUAUCGACGGAAGAUUGCCGACGGAAGACGUUGUUCUUACCGCUCUACAGGAUUACAUCUGGUAUGCUCUGCGCUGGAAUUGAUAACGGUGGCAAAGACGCUUGUCUUGGAGACAGCGGUGGUCCGUUGGUAUGCUUGUCUCCAUUCGAAAAUAGAUACGAAUUACAAGGAAUCACUAGCAACGGAUAUGGUUGUGGAAGACGGGAGCGACCGGGGGUGUACACAAAAAUUUAUUCAUACAUUUCGUUCAUAAAUUAUGUCAUCACGCAAAAAGACAUUCAACCUUCCGCGGUGGAAUUCUGUAAAGGUCACAGAUGUCCUCUCGGAGAGUGUUUACCUAAAUCAGGUGUCUGCAAUGGAUUUCUGGAGUGUUCCGAUGGCAGCGACGAACGAGAUUGUGCCACAAUCUCGCGAUAA